AUGGCUUCGACUGACACCAACCACAACAACAAGAAGAGCACCGCCAACAAGAAGCUCGACGAUGCCAAGCUCACGCUCGAGGGCGUCAAGGACAAGCUCGUCGGCGGCGUCAAGCAGACCGUGGGCCACCUGCUCCACAAGCCCGCCCUCGAGUCCACCGGCCGCCAGCAGCGGCUCAAGGCCGACGGCGAGCUCAAGCACCACCGCCCGCUGCAGGCCCUCACGCCGGCCCAGGUGGCCGAGGUGCACAUGCGGCGCGAGGCCCUCAUGGCCCACCUCGUGCGCACCGGCGGCUUCGCGCGCAUGACCGCCACCGGUCGCCUGCGCCACGUCGCCCACGUGCGCGAGAGCCAAGUCGCCGAACUGUUCAACUCCCGGGAGCCGUUCGCGCUCAAGCGGUGGAACGUACGGCCGCUGCUGGAGGACAUUCGCCAGUGCAGGACCGCCAGGCCGCUCGUGCACGUCGCCACCAUCGAGAAGGGCCUCCUGCGCUCCAUCAAGCUCACCGCCCACGACUUCAAGCUCCAGCGCUCCGCCAAGUGGGCCGACCUGCGCAUCGACAUCAGGCGCGGCGGAGACAACGCCAUGGCGCGGCUGGUCAAGGUCAAGGCCGAAGACAGGCGCGAUCGGUCGGCGCCGCGGCUCGAGCUGCUGCGGAGCGUGGCGGCGGCGCAGGCCCAGCGCGGCGAGGUGCUGCGGCAGAUCGGCAUCGAGCACAAGAUCCUCCACCACGUGGAGACCGACGACAAGGCCCGGCCCGAGCUGGUCUUCGCCAAGGCCCACGCCAGCGAGGUCAACCCCAUCGGCCCCAAAGCAGGCUUCCACAAGGCGCAGCUGCUCGAUGCGGUGAGGCAGAGCGCGGGCGGCGGCGCGGGCGGAGUGGAGCUGAAGCACGUGGAGACGGAGGACAAGGCCAAGCCGGCGGUGGGCGACGAGGUGAGCGUGCGGCGGUGGAACAAGGAGGGCUUCCUGUCCGAAGUGCGUCAGGGCACCCCGCUCCGCCACAUCUAA